CCCAGGGCACCAUCAUCAAGCUCCGGGCAUCCUCCAGUCCCCUCUGAGGCUGGGGGUUCCGCUGAGCCAAAGGGCCGCCCACAGGACAAUGGUUCUGUUGGCUCAUCCGGACAAAUGGGCCUUGUUGGGCUGGCAGUGGGGGCGAGGCUGUCCGCCCCUGCGUUCUGAAUGCGGCUUCUGUGCCUCUGGGGAGGCGCUCAGGAGCCAGGACUAGGCGGGAGGGGACCAGGGCCUACAGCGCCCAUUGGCCAAAGUGCAGGGGGUUGGGCUGGGUUGGUGACCGCACCUGGCUGGGAGCUGGAGCCGGCAAGGAGGCCGCUGUGGCGGCAGCAGAGGGGCGGGGGCAUGGACCAGGCCUGGAGGACGGCAGGGGUCUGGCGGGUGCACCCCACUGCCCAGUGAGCGAGCGCCCCGCUGGCGCGCCCAGAACCAACCACGCUGAGCCUGAGGAGAACCAGGCCGAGGUGCCUGAGAUGCCGCCACUGCCCACGAAGCGCUGGGAGUCCAUGGCCAAGGGGCUGGUGCUCGGUGCUGUCUUCACCAGCUUCCUGCUGCUGCUCUACUCCUAUGCUGUCCCCCCGCUGCAUGCUGGCCUGGCCUCCACGACCCCGGAGGACACAGCACCCUGCUCCCCGGCCCCUGGUGCCUCCGAUGCAGAUUUAACCGCGGCCAACAGCUCGUCAGAGGGGUGCCGGCCCCGGCGGGACAUCGUGUUCAUGAAGACGCACAAGACGGCCAGCAGCACUCUGCUCAACAUCCUGUUCCGCUUCGGCCAGAAGCACGGGCUCAAGUUCGCCUUCCCCAGCGGCCGAAACGACUUCGACUACCCCGCCUAUUUCGCGCGCAGCCUGGUGCAGGACUACCGGCCCGGGGCCUGCUUCAACAUCAUCUGCAACCACAUGCGCUUCCGGUACCAGGAGGUGCGCGGCCUGGUGCCGCCCGGCGCCGCCUUCAUCACCGUGCUGCGCGACCCGGCCCGGCUCUUCGAGUCCUCCUUCCACUACUUCGGGUCCGUGGUGCCCCUCACCUGGAAGCUCUCGAGCCGGGACAAGCUGGCGGAGUUCUUGCAGGACCCGGAUCGCUACUACGACCCCAACGGCUACAAUGCCCACUACCUCCGCAACCUGCUCUUCUUCGACCUGGGCUACGACAGCAGCCUGGACCCCGGCAGCCCGCGGGUGGAGCAGCACAUCCUGGAGGUGGAGAGCCGCUUCCACCUGGUGCUCCUGCAGGAGUACUUCGACGAGUCCCUGGUGCUGCUGAAGGACCUGCUCUGCUGGGAGCUGGAGGACGUGCUGUACUUCAAGCUCAACGCGCGGCGCGACUCGCCGGUGCCGCGGCUCUCGGGGGAGCUGUACCGGCGCGCCACGGCCUGGAACAUGCUGGACACGCGCCUCUACCGCCACUUCAACGCCAGCUUCUGGCACAGAGUGGAGGCCUUCGGGCGGGAGCGCAUGGCCCACGAGGUGGCCGCCCUGCGCAGGGCCAACGAGCGCAUGCGGCGCAUCUGCAUCGACGGCGGCCAGGCGGUGGACGCGGCUGCCAUCCAGGACUCCGCCAUGCAGCCCUGGCAGCCGCUGGGCACCAAGUCCAUCCUGGGCUACAACCUCAAGAAGAGCAUCGCGCAGCGGCACGAGCAGCUCUGCCGUCGCAUGCUCACCCCCGAGAUCCAGUACUUGAUGGACCUGGGAGCCAACCUCUGGGUCACCAAGCUCUGGAAGCUCAUCCGAGACUUUCUGCGGUGGUAACAUCCGCCCUGGUGCCGGCCUCUCCUGACCCCUUCUGGUGCCACCCUGGACCCCUGGGUGAGGUGGGGCUUUCGUGGGGACGAAGCCGGCCAGGAUGGGGCUGUGGCACACAGAAAGGGCCUAAUCGAGAUCAGUAUUUGACUAAUUAUAGCCAUUUUUUAUUAAACCCCUGCCCCAUGUUUCCUGCCUCCCCUUGCAGGGGAGACCUCAGAAGUAAA